AUGGCUUCUGUCACUCUUCAACAGGCCUUUGCACAGGUUGCAACCGUCUUGGCUCCGGUCUCCGGGUUCAAGGCGUACUCUGUUGAUCCAUCGCAGACCUCGUCUCAGAUCGAGGCUCUUUCUUCUAAUGACUGUUUAGAGUUCAUUGAGGAAUCCGCCGCUACUGUUCUGGGACUCAAGUCUGUUGACCUUAUCCAGCAACUUCCAACCUUGUCCAAAACAACACAGAAAUUUGUGAUUAACUCUCCAAUUGUCAAUGACGACUACUCUGCUGUUUUGGCAUGUAAAGAUCUUGGCUUCCCACUUUUGAUCUCGUCCAACGCUCAGGAGUCGCUCGACUUCUCUGUGUUGGCCCAGCUGGUUGCCAAGUUCUCCAAGUCCACUGUGAUCCACUUCCAUCAAGACGAAUCUUCCACCGUCAAGCAAUACUCCGACUCUAAACUUUUGAGCACGUUUUCCGAUUUCCAAGGUGAGGACCUCGAGUCUGCCUUCGCAUCCCUGAAAAAGCUCACUGGAACGUUAUACUCCGAGUUCGAGCUCGUCAACUCGUCCUGGUUCACCAGAGUCCAAGACUAUUUCCUGCUUUUAGGUAACCAGAACGCUCUGGCUCCGUCGCUUCCUUCUGAAGUUGGACUUAUCUCUGUUAAGGUGUACAGACCAUUCAACUUGAACAAACUCGAGUCUUUGAUCGGCUCUUUCAAGGGCACCUUGCAAAUUCUCGAACAGAGCUCUCUCCAAUUGGACUUCCAGCCUCUUUUCCUGGACGUUCUGGACCUGCUACCAAACCUGUCGUCUGUGGUUUCUUCGCAGCUGCUCAAGAUCGACUCCGAAAACGCAGCCAGUGUUGUUGAAGACCUGUUCGCUAACCUUGACCAAGAAACUCCCGCUCAAAACUUGGUCUUUGGUAAGCCUUUCAACUCGCUGUCAUCCACCAUUUCGCGCUCGGCCGCUCUUAACGAGGACAUUUACGUCAAGCUUCUCCGCCAGGCCAUUCCUAACUUGUCCAUUCUGAACAACAUAAUCCUUAACCCUUCGCCAGAGUUUGCUUUGGGUAAGUUCCUGUACGAGGACGAGCAGAGAGCCAAACUGAUCGGUUUGGUCGAAGACAACCUUGGACAGUUCUCUUCCUCCGACUUGAGCGACAAGUUUGCUUCGUGGCUGAUCAAGGCCAAGGACGGCGAAGAGGUUGAUGGUUCUGACUUGGUUGAGAUUCUUUCCCAGAUCGACACUCCUAUUGUGAGAGAAGUUCUUGCUUUGAAAGAGUACUUCACCAUAAAGUCCAACUGGCUGAUUGGUUCCGACAAAUGGUGUUUCGACCAAGGACUGUCCACGUUGCACCAGGUUCUGAGCUACAACAAGAGAGUCAAGCUUCUCAUUAUCGACUCUGACUCGUCUCUGAACAGAAAGCAAGGCAAGAAGAACGCUGGAUUGUACGCAAUGAACUACGGCAACUCGUACGUCGCAUCUGUUGCUCUGUACUCGUCGUACUCCCAGACCUUAACCUCUCUUUUGGAGGCCAACAACUUCAAGCAAGGACCAGCCAUUGUGCUCGCAUACCUGCCUCACUACGAGGACCAUCUCGAGAUCCUUAAAGACACCAAGAGCUCGGUUGACACUGGAUACUGGCCUUUGUACAGAUACAACCCAUUCUUGGAGAACGACGACCAGUUCCAGUUGGACUCCUCGUUCAUUAGAAACGAACUGAAGGAGUUCUUGGACAGAGAGAACAGACUGACUCUUCUUGCUGCCAGAAGUCCAAAGCUCGAGUUCAACCUUAACUCCUUGAACAACAAGAUUGACAAGAAGAUCAACGAGAAGUCCAAGCAGGCCUUCAGCAAGAUGUUGGAGAACUUGGGCGGAGAGCCAUUGACCAUCGCCUUUGCUUCCGACGGAGGAAACGCCGAAAACGUUGCCAAGAAGCUUGGAAGAAGAGGUGCCGCUAAGGGUCUCAAGAUCAAGCUUUUGGCUAUGGACGACCUUUCUCUCGAGGACCUGCAAUUGGAGACCAACGUCGCCUUCAUUACCUCUACUUCCGGACAGGGAGAGUUUCCAACCAACGGUAAGCAGUUCUGGGAGGCCCUGAAGUCGAGCACUGUGGACCUUGCCAACCUCAAGUUUGGUGUGUUUGGUCUGGGUGACUCCAAGUAUUGGCCAAGAAAGGAAGAUGCGCACUACUACAACAAGCCGGGUCAGGAUCUGUUCAAGAAGCUCUCGCUCUUGGGCGCCAUUGCCUUGACCGACUUGGGACUCGGUGACGACCAAGACGCUGACGGAUUCAACACCGGCUACAACGCUUGGGAGCCAAAGAUCUGGGAAUCUCUGGGAGUCUCUGUUGAGAACGCUGACGAGCCACCUCCAAUCACCAACGAGGACAUGAAGAUCAACUCCAAUUUCCUCAGAGGAACUAUCCAGGAGGGACUGAACGACACGUCCACCGGUGCCAUUUCUGCUUCCGACCAGCAAAUGACCAAGUUCCACGGUAUUUAUAUGCAAGACGACAGAGACAUCAGAGAACAGCGCAAGAAGGAGGGUCUCGAGCCAGCCUACUCAUUCAUGGCCCGUGUUCGUCUUCCGGGUGGUAUUUCCACGCCAGCACAAUGGCUCAAGAUUGACGAGCUUGCUUCCAAGAACGGAAACGGCACUUUCAAGAUCACCACCAGAGCCACCUUCCAGUUGCACGGUAUUGUCAAGUUCGACUUGAAAGAGACCAUCAAGGAGAUUAACGUUGCAUUGAUGGACACUCUUGCUGCUUGUGGUGACGUUUGUAGAAAUGUUAUGUGUUCUGCAUUGCCAACCAACUCGCACUUGCACUCGCAGUUGGUGGACACUUCCAAGAUCAUUUCGAGACAGCUGCUUCCAAACACCACCGCCUACCACGAGCUGUGGCUGGACGACUUGAACGUCGAGAGAGGACUGGAGGGAGGUCCAAGAAAGAUCAAGGUUGGAGGAGACACCAUUGUGGACUCCGAGCCGCUUUAUGGACCAACUUACCUGCCUAGAAAGUAUAAGAUCGUGCUGACUCUGCCACCAUACAACGAUGUGGAUGUGUGGGCCCACGACGUGGGACUCAUCGCCAUUGUGGAGAACAACAACAUCAUUGGUUACAACGUUCUUGUUGGUGGAGGUAUGGGUACUACUCAUAACAACACCAAGACUUAUCCAAGAACAGGAUCCAUGUUUGGAUUCUGUCCGGCCGAGGACAUCCACAUUGUCUGCGAGAAGGUGAUGAUUGUCCAGAGAGACCAUGGAGACAGAAAGAACAGAAAGCACGCAAGAUUAAAGUACACCAUUGACGACAUGGGAGUUGAUGUUUACAAGAGCAAGGUUGAGGAGCUGUGGGGCAAGAAGUUCGAUGCUCCAAAGCCAUUCAAGAUCGACUCCAACAUCGACUACUUUGGCUGGUGUAAAGACGAGCUGGGAUUGAACCACUACACCUGUUUCAUCGAGAAUGGUAGAAUCGAGGACACUGUCGAGAGACCUCACAAGACCGGUUUGAACAAGAUCGCUCACUACAUGGUCGAGCACGGAAUUGGUGAGUUCAGAUUGACUGGAAACCAGCACAUUUUGCUGUCCAACAUUCCUGACGAGCAUCUUGCUUCGAUCAAGAGUCUAUUGAAAGAGCACACUCUGGACAACCUGAACUUCACCAGUUUGAGACUUUCUUCGUCGUCGUGUGUGGCUCUGCCAACAUGUGGACUGGCCAUGGCUGAGGCCGAGAGAUACUUGCCUGUUCUGAUUGACAAGCUGGAAGUGGAACUCGAGAACCUCGGACUCAGAAACGACUCGAUCGUGAUGAGAAUGACAGGAUGUCCUAACGGAUGUGCUCGUCCAUGGCUGGCCGAAGUGGCACUGGUUGGUAAGGCUCCGGGAACCUACAACCUGAUGCUCGGCGGAGGUUACAAGGGAGAGCGGUUAAACAAGCUGUUCAAGACCAACGUUGAUGAGGAACAAAUAUUUAAGAUCCUUGUGCCAAUGUUCAGAAGAUGGUCAUUGGAGAGACAAGAAGGCGAGCACUUCGGAGACUUCGUCAUUCGGGCCGGCUACAUCAAGCCGACUCUGGAGGGAAAGACUUUCUGGGACGAUCUUCCUGAGGAUGUUUGA